AUGGCCUUGAAAAGUCCCCAGCAUGGGAACAGUACCGAGUGUCACUACUGGGGCUACUCCUUUCACUGGACCGACCUCCAUCGCUCAGAGGAUGAGCUACGACCCCUCGUCCACACGUUUGAUUCACUCGCCGAUGAGUGUGUGCAGCGCUUGAAUGAAAUCCCAACCGAGGGGGAUUCGGAUAAGCCAUUCAAGAAGGAUCUAUACUCCCUACUGAAAAACAACGCUGCAGAGGAUCCCAAGCUACAGGAACUAUGGACCCAGAUAAACACUGUACCCGAAUGGGUUGACUGGCAGCAGAUACAGCGAGGCCAAGAUGUAUUCUUUCGAUAUGGUCUUCCAAUCUUGAACGUGCUCAGUUUUGAAAGUCUUCUCGGCGGCAUGGGCGCAAACCGAGUCGUCGAGACUCUCGCUCGAACCGGUGGCUUCGGAGCCAAAGUGGUCCGCCGCCGCCUCCUAGAAACCCUCCAACAUAUUCUGCAAGUGAAUAGUUCAGCAGACGGAAUGAAACCAGGAGGCGAAGGGCACAUCUCAUCUGUCCGCGUCCGACUCCUCCAUUCCUCCGUCCGUCUGAAGAUCAUGGGUCUGGUGGAACAAAAGCCCGACUAUUACGAUGUCGACAAGUACGGUAUCCCAGUCAACGACUUGGACUGUAUCGGCACCAUAAAUACGUUUUGCAGUUCAGUCGUCUACAUGGGACUACCGCGUCAAGGGAUCUUUCCCAGCACUCAAGAGAUCGAGGAUUACAUUGCUCUCUGGCGAUUAGUCGCAUAUUACAUGGGUACCCCAACAGAGCCGUUCGAAGACCCGGCCCGCGCACGCGCUACGAUGGAAUCUCUCCUGAUCUCGGAAAUCAACCCCACUGAGAUUGGAAAGGUACUGGCUAAGAACAUCAUCAUUGGCCUGGAGAAUACGGCACCGGCUUAUGCCUCCAAGGAAUUCAUGGAGGCACUGAGCCGGCUGCUGAACGGGGAUUUGCUUUCGGAUGAACUGGAGAUCCCCAAAUCAAGUUUUUACUACCGUUUGAUGGUCUGGGGCUACUGUUUCUGGGUCGCGGGGGUAGCGUACGUUAUUCCAAAGAUUUAUUUCCUUGACAGAUUGGCAAUCUCGAGAGAAAGGAACACAUCGCUGAUAUUUGAUAUUGCGAACCAGCUCCGCCGUAAAUUCUUCUAUUCAAUGCUACUUGAUGAGAAAAUGGGAUUGGGAGGAGAAUCUCGUUUUGAAUUCAAGUAUGUGCCUACCCUGACCCGCACCACUCGACUGGGCCAGCGGCGGAGCACCAAGUUCGAAAGACCAGGUGUAGAAAGCGUGGCGAGGCUGGGCUUGCUUGCUGCGCUUACUGGUGUUGUUACACUUCUCCUGAGUCUUCUCUUUGCAGUAAGAGUGUUUUCUGCGAACCAUCUCUUUCAGCUUGUUGGGGUAUAG